CUCCCCCCCUAGUAUGCUCGAUGGACUUGGGGUCGACGUUUAAACGUGUGGUCAUCGAGGUCCAGCCACGUCAGUUUGUCCAGAAAUGGCGAGAAUACAGCACUCCUACACAGCAGCCUGACAAACACAUGCUCUCAUAGCAGCAGGUCAGAAGUCAGAGUGAAGAAAUCACACGAAAAAAACGGGCGAGCCCGCACUGACAACAUCUGAAAACAAGCAACCUGAGCACCUGCACCCCUUCUAUCCCCUUCUUGGCUGUGAUCCUGCAGGGUACCAGGUACCCGACAGAUGCAGAAAGGGAUGAGCACCUGCUGGCCUGCAGGCCUGCAGGUGGUUUGUACCCAAGAGCUCUUCCAGGACCGGUAUACCAAGUGAUUUCUCUGAUGCUCAGGACCAGCGCACUUCGAUUCACCCCAUGUGACUCGUGUUUCACGCUGGUCUUCCUGAAAUCUUCUUGCACAGAUUCCUCGCGCCAUCAGACAGAGCCCCAUCAACGCGCCAAGUCAACCUACCCACUGAGUCUGGAACGAUGACGUUAGCCGAUCUUACGGCACCGCGGCGUUCACAGCGACCAGGACCACGACCGUCGUGACCUGCACGUCUACGCAACGGCAACGAGGGGAGCAACGGCAACGAGAUACGGCCCUGCACACUGCUGCGCCCAUGGUGCAGAAGGGGCAGCUUGCGCCAGUCUGGCGAAGCGGCUGGCAUUGUCUUUGAUGCAGAGGCUAGCAGAGGAGCCAGCUGGCCGGCGGGCACUGAGGAGAGGAGGUGUUGUGACGUUGUUACGCCCUUGGUUGGAACCAUCGCUGAGCACUGAAGAGGCGGCGCGCCUCGCUUGGAAUUUGUGCGCGGAGGAGGGGUGUGCCCUGGAGCUUUGCCGCACAGGAGGUGUGCGGGUGCUUCUGGCUGCGGCAGAAUCGCAGUGCACUGCGGCCGUCGGCGCUCUACUGCUCCUGUCAUCACAGGAGGAAGCCAUGCGGCAACUCUAUGAGCAAGAUGCAGUGUUGAAGCUGCUGCCGCUUCUCGAAACCCGUGGCGAGCUCGCCAUCUUGAGUGCGAAGCUGGUGACGCGCAUGGCCCUCGAACUGGAGCAAUUUCCGCAGGACGUGUGGCUCCCCGCCGCGGGCGCCCUGGGCGAGCACCUGAGAAGCGGAUCCUGUGCCGGGCAGCUGGCGGAGGAGCUUGGUGCAUGCUGCUGGGUCUUGUGUGGUGACCAGGCACGCUGCGCAGUCUUCGUGGAGCACGAUGGCCUGUGGGCACUUGCCAAGCUGCUUGCGGAAGAAGAGGCGCUGGAACCCGCUGUGGGCUGCCUGCAGUUGCUGUGUCACGGACAUCCCAAGCGGCAGGAUGCCUUCCUGGAGCUGGGUGGCUUGGAGCUGUUGGUGCCGGUCCUGGCACCCAAACAGCCGCUGCGAGUUCGACACCUAGCGGCCAAGGCGGUGUGCGCCCUAUUGGAGGACGAAGAACUUCGGAGGAGGCGCUUGUGCGAUUUGGGGGUCUACGAUGAGUGGGUGGCGAUUCUCUCGACCCUGGGGACCUAAAGCGGCCCUUUCUGUGGGCGUUCUGCGGUCGUGGCCGACCAGUACCAGCCUGUGCCUGCUGGAUCUGUUUCAGGUCGGAAACGCGACGAAAGGAAAAUCAUGCCAGAGGCUCCUGCCAGUUAGGCAGGCACACCCUGCGAGUUAAAUUCCAGACACAACCAGCACC